UUGAGAACCGUUUUUCUCGCACGUAAAAUGUUUUCAUUGAAACUGUUUUUAAAGCUUUUACUUUUGACGACAAAUAUAUUGUUAGUGUUUAGCGACAAAAGUGUUUCGAGAAGACGACCAAAAACUAUACUGAUAUUAGCCGAUGGUAUUCGUUAUGAUUACUUGAAUGAUGCAAAUCUGACCGGUUUUGGCCGUAUGGCCCAAAACGGUGUCCGCGCGAAGUAUGUUCAGCCCAUAUUUCCGGCCAACUCUUAUCCCAAUUGGUAUACUAUAGUGACGGGUCUUUAUGGGGAAAGUCAUGGAAUGGUUCAGAACUAUAUGUAUGACCCGAAGGAGAAGGACCUGUUCCUGAUGUCUCCGCACCCGAACGCGUCUCACCCUCACUGGUGGAACGGAGCCGAACCCGUUUGGAUCAACGCCGAGAAACACGGCCUCAAGACAGGCGUCUACUGGUGGGACGGCUGUCAGGUGAAGAUCAGAGGCAAAGAACCCACACAUUGUUUGGGUUACCAGAGCUACUGGACGUGGGCUAACCCUAACGAAGACACGACGAACGCCUUGUUUGAAAUUUUGGAUAACUUCGAGGCCGACGACUGGCACUUCGGACUCGUCUAUUACGAGGCCAUCGACGCUAUGGGACACGCGUUCGGCUCAGAAUCCAAGGAACGCGUCGAAGCCGUCCAAGAGUUUGAUAAAAUUUUAACCACUCUUCAGGACGAGAUCGAGAAACGAAAUUUACAAAACGAGGUAAAUAUAGUUGUGGUGAGCGAUCACGGGAUGAUAGAGAUCGAUGAGAACAAGAAUACAAGAAUGAUUAACAUCGAGACCAUUGUCAAUGUGGAUGAUGUGGAAGUGAUGCUCGAUAGGGGAACCACUGCUUUCAUUAUACCCAAAGCUAACAAAGAGGCAAAAGUUAGUUUCACACACGGACAUCACGGCUACGAUCCGUACGAUGUGAAAGAGAUGCGGACAAUAAUGUACGCGCGCGGCCCCGGAUUUAAGAAGAACUACACGUCUGGGCCGCUAAUGAUGACCGAUCACUACAACUAUUUAUGUUAUAUAUUGGGAAUCGAUCCGAAGCCAAACAACGGCACCUGGAAUAACGUCAAAGACUUUACCUCAGACUCCGGUGCAAAAGUGGCUCAUUUGAUAUCGUUUUCAAAUAACUCAAGUCUACGAUUAGAAAUACCAAUUGCUUUAAUACUGUUUUCAAUUGUGAUAUUAGGAUUAAAACGUUAGAAAGCAUUACAAAUCAUUCAAACAUGU